CCUAGCCCGGGGGGCGGGGAGGAGCAAGCAGGGGGGAUCCCCGACUGGACGACGCUCUCGGCCCUUUAGAGAAUGGGAGGAGCUGGACGGAGAGAGGAGGAGCUAUAAGCAUUCCCAGCUUAGGCUCUUUGGCUGGGAUGGUUCCGGGGAUCCACGUGAGUGGCCGGGAAGGAAGGAAGCUUAGCCCGCGGGGCUGCGAGGAAAGCGGAUCUUUUCCUGCGCGCAUCUCUUGGAACGAGGAACAGAGCCGCGCUUCCCUGAGGGCGCCAGGUAAGAAGCUCCCUCCCUCCCUCCCUCCUUCCUCACAUCUGGGGAAAUGCUUGGACAGGAGACCUUCAAUGCAGCUUCUUGGGUGCUGCUCAAAUCGCUCCGGCAGUCACCAACUUUCUCCUUGGGGAGAUUAAUAAACAACAACAACAACAACAAUGGAUGAGCUAUAAGAUCUUGCAGCUUGGGAUCUGCCAAUUCCUGCCUGGGGUCGUUCCGGGGAGAGAGAUCCACGUGCCUGGCCGGGAAGGAAGGAAGCGUGGCUGGCGGCGAUCGCGGAUGCUUUCCUGUGUGCAUCUCUUGGGAAGCGGAAUUCGGGCGAGGAAGAGAGCCGUAUGUUUCCCAUCGUGGGCCAGGAAUUGGUAGCGCUUGAGGAUGUAGCUGUGUUUUUCUCCGUGGAGGAGUGGGCUCUGCUGGAUUCUAAGCAAAAAGCCUUAUACCAAGAGGUCAUGCUGGAAAACAAGAGCAACAUGGCCUCCUUAGGUGAUGGAUGGGAGAUGGAGGAUUCUGGCCAAGAGGCAGUAGCAGCUUUCCCAAAAGAGAAAAAGGAAGUUGGAGAAAAGAUGGAUGGAAAGCAAAGUCGUGAGGAAAACCUGUUAAUGGUUGAGCUGGAGAAUUGCUCUGGUUCACCUUGUGCAGAUACCAAUGUCUUAUUGAACACAGAGGAUUGCCAUGAAAAAGAAGUGUGUUCAAGGUGUGGAAAAACACUUCUAGAUGAAUCUGGAUUAUGUGACUGUUGUGAAAGCCCUGCUGGAGAGAAACAAGAUGAAAGCAGGCAACACUCCAGAAGGAGCCUUCCUUCUCCAUUACAUGAAAUAGUACAAGAAGGAGGGGAAAUGUACAAAUGUACGGUGUGUGCAGAAAGCUUCAGUACAAGCCGCUCUCUUGCAUUGCAUAAAAAGAUUCACAAAGCAGAGGAUCCACACAAAUGUCUGGAUUGUGGAAGGACCUUCAGGAAGAAAAAUCAUCUGAGUUCACAUAAGAGGGUCCACGAAGAGAGGAAGCAGCAUCAAUGCAUUAAUAGGGGAAAGAUAUUUGGAAACAGCACCACCCUUACUUCCCACCAAAGCAUCCACAGAGAGGAGAAGUUGCAUCAAUGCAGGGAGGGUAGAACGAGGUUUACUCGGAGCAAUGAACCAAAUUCCCGGAAAAAAAGCCUCACUGGGAAUAAACCAUAUAAAUGCCUGGAAUGUGGGAAGAGCUUCCGCUCUGCAAGUGACCUCACUUACCAUAAUAGGAUCCAUACAGGGGAAAAGCCAUAUCAUUGCACAGUGUGCGGAAAGAGCUUUGCACAAAAAGGCAACUUCAAUUUACAUAAGAGGAUCCAUACCGGAGAGAAGCCGUAUAAAUGUACAGAAUGUGGGAAAUGCUUCAGGACCUCCAGUGCCCUUACUCAUCAUAAGAGGAUUCAUACAGGGGAGAAACCCUAUGAAUGUUUGGAGUGUGGAAAAAGCUUCAACAGACGUGACACUCUAACCUUGCAUAAUAGGAUGCAUAAAGGGGAGAAACCUUACAAAUGCCUGCACUGUAGAAAAAGCUUCACUCAAAAAGUUCAUCUUAAGUCACAUGAGAGGAUCCACACAGGGGAAAAACCAUUUCAAUGCAUGGAGUGUGGAAAGAGCUUCCGUUUAGCUGGUCAUCUUACUGCCCAUCACAGAAUCCACACAGGGCAGAAGCCCUUUCAAUGCCUGCAGUGUGGAAAGUGCUUUGCCAAUUCUAGCAGCUUUAAUACCCACAAACGGACCCACACAGGGGAGAAACCAUACAAAUGCCUGGAGUGUGGAAAGAGCUUCCGUAAAUCCAGCCACUUAACUUCCCAUAGAAAUAUCCACAGUGGAGAGAAACCGUAUCAAUGCACCGAGUGUGGGAAGUGCUUCAGUCAAACAAGUCACCUUAAUAUCCAUAAAAGGACCCACACGGGUGAAAAGCCUUAUAAGUGCACCGAAUGUGACAAAUGUUUCACCAGUUUGAGGUCCCUCACUUCCCACAAAAGGCUUCACACCGGGGAGAAACCAUAUGAAUGCCGCAUGUGUGGAAAGAGCUUCAAUGCCAAAAAAAGCUGUAUCCUACACAGCAGAACCCACACUGGGGAGAAACCAUAUCAGUGCCAGCAGUGUGGAAAAUGCUUCAGUGAUUCUGGAGAACUGACGAUCCAUAAAAGGAUUCACACAGGGGAGAAACCCUUUAAGUGCACAGAAUGCAGCAUGAGUUUCAGAAGAAGUGGUUACCUUUGUAGCCACAAGAGGAUCCACACUGGAGAGAAACCAUACACAUGUCACGAGUGCGGAAAAAGCUUUAGACACAAUAAUUCACUCAGGAGCCAUAGAAGGCUUCACUCAGGGAAGAAAUCCUAUAAAUGCCUGGAGUGUGGAAAAUGUUUUAGUGAGAGUGCCCAGCUUACCUCCCACAAUAGGAUCCACACAGGAGAGAAGCCGUUUAAAUGCAUCGACUGUGGAAAGAGUUUCAAAGACGGGAGAAAUCUUACGCUGCAUAAAAGAAUCCACACAGGGGAGAAGCCAUAUCAGUGUGUAGAGUGUGGAAAGAAAUUCAGAACCGGGAGUGUCUUUAAUUACCAUAAGAAGACCCACAGCAUGAAAAGAUGAUGUAAGGUGUAAAAAUCAAGCUAGAGUGGGGCAGGGGGAUGUGCCUCACAUGCCCCGCACCCGUUCACCUGAAAAAAGCACCUUUGGGAUAAGACAUUCAGACAACGUUAGGGAGCAGAAAGCUGGCUUAGACAUCGUAUAGGGAAGAUGAUUAAAUAUUUCAGGAGGAAACAUUGCAACCUAAGUGGUGAGGUGCAGAACUGGUGUUGACAACCAUCCAUAUUUCACUAAUGUUGGAAGGAAUCAGCAGUGGAUCUACAACUACACCCAUGUGGAGAAAGUCACACCAGAAUAAAGAGAAACGGGAUCUUCGGUGAGCACUUUGCUGGGACAAAGUGACGGAAGAGAAUGAACUAUUGAACCAAUACAAGGCUCGAGAGUUUUGUCAUAAGUAAUAAGUGGAGGGAUGGCGCUGUGUCUGCACCACCUAACAUUGGUUGUGUAUAACUGAUUUCUAGUCUGAGAUAUGAUAUUGUUUUUUUUUUAAUUAAUGCCCAAACUUACACAGUAGUUAAAAGGCUACAUUUAUACAGUUCAGACAUAGGCUGUUUUUGGUUAGCAAAUUGGACAAUUUAGGGAACUAGCUGUAGAAUAUACAGGCAGCCCUUGACUUAUGACCACAAUUAAAGCCCAAAAUUUCCAUUGCUAAACAAGAUAGUUGUUAAGUGAGUCUGAAACCCAUGUUGGAAAACAUAGGGAAGGAAGUUCGUAACAUCAAAAUCGGUCGGGGCCUAAUUUAUUGGUCUCCAAACCUGGCAACGUCUGGACUUCAAUUCCCAGAAUUCCUCUUACCGUGCUGGCUAGGGGAUUCUGGGAGUGAAGUCUUAAAGUUGCCAAGUUUGGAGAGUCCUGGCUUAAACGUGUGGAAUUAUAGUUUGUAGUUGUUUCUAGUGCUUUCCUACUAUAAAGUCUUUUGGUGUUCAACACCCUGGAAAUGGAGAAAGAAUUAUGGUGAAUAAUUCCUUGCUUUAAAAUCUGAAAAAGGGAAGUUGGCAAAGAGGCCUAAGAUUCCCUGGAAAAGGCCAGAUGCACAAUAGAUCUUUGACAAUUGGGAGGCCAGAGUCUAAUCAGGAGCGGUGAAUCCUGGCCCUUUUUUGACUUGUGCACUUCAACCCCCAGAAUUCCUUAGCUCACCAUGCUUAAAAACCAGGUUCCUUUACUUGCUGGAGAAUUCUUGAAGUCCACAUGUCUUAAAAUUGCCAAGUUUGGUAAUCCUCGGCCUAGAUUUAUGGAAUUAUGGUCUGUUGUUAUUUAUAGUGCCUUCCUGCUGCAAAGUCUGUAUGUGUCCAAUAAACUGAAAAGGGAGAAAGAAUUAUGGUCAAUAUCUCCUUGGUCUUCAAGAAAAGGAUUAUAAGCGUUACGAGACCCCUGAAUCUUCUAAAUAAAAAGUUAAAAACUCAAAAUGUACUAUGGGAGAAGGCAAAAGGCACGGAUAGGAGAGUUUUGAACACCUCAAAGAAGAAGUAGUAUGCUGGAAAUAGGAAGUAUCAUUGAAAGCUAUGCUAUAUUACCGCUGAAGUUACAUUUAUAAAAAUUUAGAAAACUGAUGAGGUUUCUCUGUGUACACGUUAGGAUAAAUAGCUUGGCUGAGCUCUGUAUUACAUAAACUGGUAUGCAGGAAGGCUAAGAUGUUAGUGUAAAACAGGCAGGAAUUACUCUAAAGCAGUGGUUC